GGCCGCAACCAUCAUAGACACUGAAGGGGACAAGUCCCCCCCAAUAUUUGAAAUUCUUGUACUGAUCUGCUGUCCUCCAUUACGCAGCGCUCUUGUUAAGAUGACAAAAAAGCUUUAAAAGUAACAUCUGCAAUCUGCUCUGCCUCAGCGGGCUAACAGCGCUCGUUAAUGUCAAAAUAAUUGAACUGGCCAAUCAAAUCAAAGUAGGCGGGGUUUAGUGUUCAGAGAUGCUGAGCGCGUCGCGAAGAUUGAAAACAUUGAAAGAGCAAGUUUGCAUAGAAAAGAGGACCAGACAUAUUAAUGACAGUCAGGAUGAGACCCUUGGAAGCAAAGGAGUCCAUAAUACUUUUUAUAUUAAUUUUGGCCCAAGGCUUUGACUACUCCAGGACAUGUAGUUGUGAUCAGCAAUAUUUUUGCAACUGUUCAUCAGAUCAUCUCCAACAGGUCCCAAAAGUUCCAGCGAAUGCUCUUGGCCUUGAUCUGUCAUGUAAUCAAAUAGAGUCAAUUGACAUGAACGAUCUCAGCCCAUAUAGUGAGCUGAAAACCCUAAACUUGCAUAGGAACAAGCUCAAGUUUAUACACAAGGAGGCUUUCAAAUCUCAACAUAAGCUGGAAGUUCUUGAUCUGUCCUUAAACAACCUAAAAAAUCUGUCUUCGUCUUGGUUCCACGAGCUAAAUUCUCUUCAGCAACUGAACCUUGUAGGAAACCCAUACACCACCUUGGGACCUGCUCCCAUUUUCCAGUCUCUCCUUAACCUAAGGACACUGCAAUUCGGUAGUCCUUCACUGAGAGAGGUGUACAAGAAUGGCUUAGAUGGGCUCACUCAUCUGGAUGAGAUGACAUUCAUUGGCAGUUACCUGAGGUCAUAUGAGAACGGGAGCUUAAAAGCAGCCCGUCCCAUCGAGUUAGUCUCUUUGAGCCUUCAGAGUCUAUUUGAGAAUGAUCCAGAAUUAGUCUCUAAGGUUCUUCAAGAUGUCUCCCACCCUAAAACCCUGCUGACUAUCAGAGAUGUUGAACUCAGAACGAACACUUCGACAGAAUCCUUUAAAGAGGUGAGAGAAGGUGGGACUAAAAGCUUGAGUUUACAAAAUUGCACCACAACUGAUGAAGCAUUGACCUCUUUUUUGAUGGUUAUGGAUGGUUCUUCUUUGUCUUAUAUUGGUUUGGAAGAUGUACAUUUGAUUGGUCAAGGGUGGUGGCAGAAAGCUUCAUGCACACAUUAUGAAAACUUACAUACUGCUUACAUACGUAAUCUCGACAUCCAAGGGUUCUUUGAGUUCAGUAGCAUGACGCAGUUGGGAUUUCUGCUGGAGAAUCUCCACAAGGUGUCUGUGAUCAACGGCACAGUGUUUGUUAUUCCUCCGAUAACUACUUUCCUGUUGAAAAAACUUGAAUAUUUGGACCUUAGUCAGAACCUCCUUUCAGACCUGACAAUUGUGCCGACGUUAUCCACAAGUUUUGGCGCAUAUCAAAACCUCAUCACUCUUAACGUGAGCCAGAACGUUUUAAAAUCCCUUGGGCUGAUGUCUCAGUUGGCCACUAAUCUUAAGAGCCUCACAUAUUUAGACUUAAGCCAUAAUAGUUUUAUUUCUAUGCCAGAAAAGUGUAGCUGGCCAGCGACUCUCAGGUUUCUGAACCUUUCCAGCACAAAGCUACGCAAGAUGACCCCAUGCCUGCCUUCUAGCUUGACGGUCCUGGAUCUCAGUGAAAACGAUCUGAAAGUGUUCAACCAAAGAUUUCCCCAACUUGUUACGCUUAUACUGACUGGCAACCGAUUUAUUAACCUCCCACAGGGGGAAUUAUUUCCAAGGCUGCAGAUGCUGCUUAUCCAAAGGAAUGCCUUGCGGAUGUUUAACAGGAGUGAUUUUAAGAGAUUCAAAAACCUACAAUAUUUGGAAGCGGGUGAUAACAAUUUUGUGUGCUCCUGCGAGUUUGUAUCUUUCUUUAAACAGGAUACUGACCUUUUCAUCACACUAAGGGAUAGUCGUCGCAAUUACGUGUGCGACACUCCAUUCACUCUCAGAGGUGAUGAUAUUGACAGCGUCAGAUUGUCAGUUUUCGAGUGUUAUAUGAUCCCUGCUGUCUUAGUGCUUUGUUCUGUGAUUAUCAUAGCGCUUGGACUUAUUGUUAUCACCUGCCAUAAGCUUCAUGUUAUAUGGUAUCUGCAGAUGACUAAAGCAUGGAUACAAGCCAAAAGAAAACCUGCAGUUGGUCGACUGGCUGAAGAGCUCCGCUAUCAUGCUUUUGUAUCUUACAGUCAACAUGACGCUGAGUGGGUCGAGGAGAUCCUUGUUCCAGAACUAGAGAGCACGCAUCCUCCGUUUGCCCUGUGUUUGCACAAACGGGACUUCCAGCCAGGCCGCUGGAUCGUGGACAACAUCAUCAACUCGAUCGAGAAGAGCCAUCGGACUCUCUUUGUUCUGUCUGAGCACUUUGUUACCAGUGAAUGGUGCCGUUACGAGCUGGACUUCUCCCAUUUCCGCAUAGUCGAUGAGCACAAUGACUGCGCUGUCCUGGUACUUCUAGAACCAAUCAAGAAGGAGACCAUUCCCAAGCGUUUCUGCAAGCUGAGGAAGAUUAUGAACUCCAGGACGUAUCUGGAGUGGCCUGAGGAGGAGGAAAAGAGAAGCGAGUUCUGGAGCAAUCUGAGAGCUGCUCUACAGAGAGAUGAAUGUUAAAGGAUUGCCAGGUUGUGUGACAAAUAUAGACUAAUCAAAACUGGCCAAGUAGCAAAACGCAAUGUCUCUAUGAUGCAUUACUUUUAUUUGUAGGCCUACUGUGUUAUCGUUAAAGCAAAACUGAACAUUCUGAAAAUAUUAAUAAAUGCUAUAAUAGUAUAUAAAUAAAACAAAAAUAACACUGCUGUAUAUUGUAUUUUAACAUGUGCAAAGUUUAAAACGUCAAAUCCAUGUGGAUAAGAGGGUAACCUUAAAUGUAAUAUUUACAAAGUGUCAAAAUGCAAUGCCUGUCAGCUGAAGCUUUAGGGGGCUGCUUGGAUAAUACCAAUGCAGAUGUGCCUGUUUUUACUUAAUAUACAUUGUUACUUGAUAGACUACUUCACAUGACGUGUUCAGAGCACUAACAGCACUGUGAAUGCAUAUGGUUUGAGGUACAAUGUUUGCACAACAGAUAGUAAUUUUCCAGGCCAUGUGUUAUCAGUAGAAUGUGUUUUUGUAAUGCAAGAUGUGACAAUGGGAAGUUAUAAUGUUAUUAACUACUGUAAUGACUGACUGUUUAUCGCCAGUAUAAUGAUUUCACAAUGAGUUCAGUCCUUUUGCUGUCACCUAUAAGCAAAUAACAUUAGAUCAAAUCCAAUGCUAAUGUAUGUGACAAUAGCAAUAAUGAACUGUUAUAAAAUCACGAACAAUUUUACUCUUCUGGUAACAUUCUUUUGUUCAUUUCCUAUUAUUUUAGACUUAUUCUUUCGUUUUUAGCAUGCUGUCUGUACAUACUGCAGACUUCUCACUUUUUAAAGGAGACUUUAGGUUUAUUUUCAUAGUCUUGAUGCUACUGUAAACGAUCUGUUUUUAGAUCUCUUUUUCCAGAAAUCACAUGAUACUGACAACUUUUAAAUAGGCCUAGAGUUGUAUGACUUUGGCGCCACCUGUUGGAUGUUUUUAGAUUUUUAAUUGAAGAUGAAUUUUACUUACAGUAGGCUAUGUUAGUAAGGCUUCGGUAUGUGAACUCAUAACUGAUCAGUGAAAGUAGUGGUGAGGUCACAUCAGAGUUGUUGUUUUUUUUUUCUUCCACCUGUUAUUCCUCUAAUAUUCUCACAAUAUAACAUUCUUGCUCUCAUAAUGAAACCUAAACCAAGCAUGUAAUUUUGUGCAAUGAACUGACAGUGUAGUAUCUUGUACCAGUGUGGGACAGCAGAUGGUGGAUGACUGUAUCAAAUGCUUUUGUUGCCAAUGCAAGUGAUUCAAAGAAAAGAAGUUUGGUACAGUGCUAAUUGGUGAGG